CUUGAAACUUCAUCUAAUUCGGCAAUUCCCAUGGAGGAACACAACAGAUCAACGUGUUCUGCAAAUGGGCAAGUGAUGAUGCAGGUGGAGAGCUGCAACAAAGCUUCUAGGCCUUACGACCUCAGGUGCCACAGUGCCUCCUUUGCACAAACACAAAAAGGUCCCAAGGACUUAAAGAUAGGGAAGAGCAUUUCCAAGUCUUGGAGCUUCACUGAUGCAGAGUUUCAGAGGAAGAAAAGGGUUGCUAGCUAUAGAAUGUACUGUGUGGAGGGUAAGGCCAAAGGGUCCUUAAGGAGGGGCUUCAAGUGGCUCAAGGAUAAGUACUCCCAGGCGGUCUAUGGCUGGCGGUGAUUCGCUGGCUUCCCUACAAUUACUCUGUAUCCCACAUGUAACUAAACUCCUCCUCACGAUUUUCUUUCUUUCUUUCUUAAAUUUCUGUGAUCAUCAGAAGAACUGGAAAUUAAAUGGAUUCCUAUCGGUUUACUUGGCUCGACCUGUCGCGACACUGGGUCCUGUAAGGCCUUCCAUCGUGUUCAAACUAUAUGCGUACAACAUUUCACGGUUCUAUAUGUUAGGGUCGUAGCCUGUUGACCAGCAGCAUAAAAUGGCAGGUGACGUGGACCAUAAGCUAGAAAACGAACUGAUGCGCUUUUAAUUUUUUCAAUAGCAAGGAAACGAUAUAGGGAGCUUCAUGUCUCACAAGGUUCUCUUGCCUGCAAUCGUAAUAGAUGGUAAUGUCGGUAUUAUAGAGAUUUAAAGACACAAAAAUUGAAGCGAAGGCAGCUUCGAUAGCAAUGGCAUCUUAGAAAUGCUAAAAGCCAAGAAAGAUAAAGGUAAUGGAGAUAAGAGGGAAGAGACUGAAUACCUCUGCAGAACCUUCAUGACUGGUCCGGAAAAGAUAAGAGAGAGGACGGAAGAGACCCCCUUAGGAGCAAGUAAUAGCCAUUUACUCUGCCUGAUUUGACCAAACGACAAAGACAAGGACAAUUAUGCUACCAUUGGUGGAAGAUUCCAUGAUGCAAGCAAGACAAAUACCUUAUUGAUAAACCCCAGGAGCAUUAUGAAACCUGAGACUCGUGUCUUUCCCCCGCAAGUUGUAAGGGGCCACAUUUUCAAAGGGAAGAGGCAUGAAGGCAGUCUAUUCCUGCAGUGAAAAAAGACCGUAAGAGACAAGAGGGGACUAAUCAAAGGGAAAAGAAGACACUGAUAUGGGUCCUAUCCUAGGGACACUAGCUUCUAAAGAAAUUUCCUGUUAGAUGCACUUAGCACCUCUUAAUAUGGCCAAUCUUGAACCGGAAAACAUCGCAAGUCUCAUGUUUCCAAUUGCCAAAUUGGUUUAACAUGGUAAAAAGUUAUCUAUAAAUUAGUGGAUCGGCAAACUUACCAACACUAAUGGAUAGUCUCUCUGGGCUAGCGCUCCCUACAAA